AUGUACAACCAGCCAUCUUCUUCCGGCUGCGGGUCAGGCCAUCUAUUAAGGCGGAAACUUCAGCUAUACGCCGAUAUUCCGGAAGUGAUUUCAACAAGGUUAGACAGAAAGGCCCCAGUGAACGAGACCGCGGACCUGGAGAAGGCAGAAUGGUUUCCUUGGUUUCAAAUAUAG